CGCUCCCUCACAGCCGCAAAUGUUCCGCGGGGGAGCGGAGGCAGAGGAGGAGGAGAAGGAGGAGAAGGAGAGAUGCAGGAGCAGGCAGGAGGAGCGAGGACGUGCUCAGAAGGGAGUGUGCUCUCCAACCAUGGACACUGAGCUGCGGAGCAUCCUGCGCCUAUUUGGAAUUAACACUUUUAUUAACACCGCUCACUCUCUGUAGUUUUGCAUGUAUUUAGAAGGAUGUGGGAGAUCCAUGAGUGGAAAGAGAAGACAGAUGACAUUGGAUAUUGUUUUUUCCCUGUGAAGUCCUGAUACUGCUUCACAUUACGCGUGGACAUUUGACUUUUUAGGAGUGAUCAAGUAGAUGCCAGCAUGGAUUUCUUGAAUAUCUCCGCUUUAGAGGAGGGGAUGGAGGCAGACAACAUCUCCACUAACAGCACCUCGCAGAGCAAGUACACCCCUCUCGCCAUCUGGGGUCUAGCCGGACUUGUCAGUUUUCUCAUUUUGUUUACGAUCGUUGGCAAUGUGUUGGUUGUUAUUGCCGUUUUAACAAGCAGAGCUCUGAAACCUCCCCAGAAUCUUUUUCUGGUGUCUCUGGCCAGUGCAGACAUACUGGUGGCCACCCUGGUCAUGCCCUUCUCGCUGGCUAACGAACUCAUGGGCUAUUGGCUUUUUGGCAAGAUUUGGUGUGACAUCUACCUGGCACUGGAUGUUUUAUUCUGCACCUCCUCCAUUGUGCACCUCUGUGCUAUUAGUUUGGACCGCUACUGGUCAGUGACACAGGCAGUAGAGUACAACUUGAAGAGAACGCCAAAGAGAGUUAAAGGGAUGAUUGUAGUGGUCUGGUUGAUCUCCGCUGUUAUCUCCUUCCCUCCAUUGAUAUCAAUGGACAGGAGCAACAAUGAGGCGACCCCCCAGUGUAUUAUCAAUGAUGAGACCUGGUACAUCCUCUACUCCAGUAUUGGGUCUUUUUUUGCCCCCUGUGUCAUCAUGAUCCUGGUCUAUAUCCGGAUCUACCAAGUGGCAAAAACUAGGACUAGAACAAUGUCAGAGAAGAAAAGGGAUGUGGAUUCUCCACAGGAAAACGGUAUGGACCGAACUGAUCAAGGCAAAACCGAUUCAUUUAAGUCUAACCGGGGGGGCAGUGUUAAAGAGCAGGAAUGCGAGAACGGCCACUGCAAGGACCACGCAGCUAGCUCCUCUCUGACCACCACGUCCAAAAAUCCACACACCGACCACCACGACGACUUUGAUGACAGCAGCUCGUCAGAUGAGAAGCCCAAAAAAACUUCAUCGUCCAAAAACCGCAACGAUGACAGAAAAGACCGAAAGUCCAGCCGGAAAAGUAGCUCGGCCUCAAAAUUCUCCAGCAGGAAGUCCUGCGCCAGUUCCAAGUCCAUGGAGCUAUUUUCGUCUCGUCGCAAACGCAGAAGUACGGUUAACAGGAAGAAAGUCUCGGCCGCUCGAGAAAAACGCUUCACAUUUGUCCUGGCUGUGGUCAUGGGGGUUUUUGUUGUGUGCUGGUUCCCCUUUUUCUUCUCCUACAGCCUGUAUGGAAUCUGCAGAGAACUGUGCAAGAUCCCAGAGACUCUGUUCAAGUUCUUCUUCUGGAUCGGCUACUGUAACAGCUCGUUAAAUCCGGUCAUCUACACUAUCUUCAACCAGGACUUCCGCAGAGCUUUCCAGAAGAUCCUGUGUAAGUCCUGGAAGCGCUCUUUCUGAUGGGCUUUAAUAGACACUUCAUCCUGCACAUUCCUAUUUAAGCGCUUCUGAGCUGCAGAGAAAAGUGCUGCGUGGGGAGCUUUCGCACCUUUAACUGUCAGGGAUUGCACUCCAAAUGAAGGGAUACAGAACACCUGAACCAAAGGUGCAGGAAAGGGGUUUAGAAUGCUGCUUUUAUUCAGUGAAUGUCAGGCAUCUUUUUACACUCAAAUAUUUGAGUGCCCCCCAAACGCAUUGAUUUCCUCCUCCCUUCUUUGAAAUACAACACAAACGUCACUGUGAUGGCUGCACCAGGACGAACUGCUCAGGAGACGAAGGGUUCAUUGGGACACUUUAUUUACGUGACCUCGUUCGUUGAACAUAAUGCCAAGACUUUGACAAUCGCCACACCGUCGUUCUCUACCAAACAAAGGAUACUGUGUCUGACUUUACUUUCUUUCUUUCCAAUGGGACGAAGGGGCUCCUUGCUUACUGGUUCAGUGGCAAAAAGAAAAAAAGUGAACCACAAAAAAAUCUCUAUGUGAACUCACUAUAUAAAUCAUAUUCCUGCCUCGCUGGGAUGUUCCUGGCUGCUCAUACAAACUAAAUGACCACCUAACAUCAUUAUGUGUGGACUGGGUGGUAACAUGGAACAAGUUAUCUCCAUACUGGGCAUCUGUUUGGACUUUCCUCUUCAGUGUGAAACAAUAGAUGGAAAACCGUAUCCCCGCUGUGGCAGAUGGGCAUCCAAUGAGGCUCCCUCCGUGUGUGUGAAAAUGUUCGUGUGCAGGAGAAAGAGGUGACUGAAAGCGUAUAACGUGGAAAUGUGUUGUUGAAGUGUGUUAAUCUCCACUGCCAGUCAGUGUGUGUGCGUGUGUGUGUGUGCGUGCAUGCGUCUGUGCGUGUGUGCGUGGUAUAAUUCUGUAUUCGGCAAUGGGACCGAUUCUCUCUGCUCAAGUGUCUUUCUUAUCCUCCUUCAUUUAAUAUCAGGCGGAGUUUACCUUUUCCACCACCAAAGUCAACCACAUUAAAAUCCUCCUUCAUCCUUUGCUUACUUUUAUCUGCUGCUGCUGCUGGCAGACUAACGAAUGCACAUUACACACUUUUAGCCUGUACACCCUUACAAGAUUUCCAUCUUUACAUUUAUAGCCUUAGGUUAAAUGUUUUUUCUUGUAAAUACGUGGAAACAGUACAAUAUUAUUGUGUGGUGCCUCAUUAUCACACAAGUAUUAAGAUGAUGAACAUGCACUAAUGAACAAUGCCGUCAUGGAUCGUGAUGGCACAACCCCCCUCUGUCCUUUUUCUAACAUUUCUGACGAAAAACAAGUGUUUACUUCUCUGCAUAUACGAAAAGAUCAAAUAAAUAUUAUUUUAACUGUGCUUUGCAUGGCUGCAUUCUUCAUUCACGUGAGCUGGUUGCAUAUGUCAGUUGUACUUUUCGUUUAUUGUUGAAGCAACAAUUUGAGGUUGUCUCCUCCGAUGUGCAGGCGUGAUGGAGUGAGGGUGGAUAGGAUGAGGUGGCAAUACAAUUAGGGCUGUCAAAUGAUUAUUUUUAUUCAGAUUAAUCACAAUGUACAAAUGAAUUAAUCCUGAUUAAUCACCAUGUCUGAAAUAUGGCCAUUUUUACUGUAUUUUAUGAACAGAAAGAUAAAUGACAGUACACGAUUAUGUGUAUUUAACAUAAUGUAUGUUUAUUAACAGCUCCAAGUGAACGGAAAAGUCAAAUCAAGCGAAAACACACUAGAGACCAUGAUAUCAUCUGUCUGUCUCUUAGCAAUGUUUCUACAGGUAUUUAGAAGAGCGUUGUCAUUUUCAAACGCAGUACAGAAAGAAUAGUAAAACUAAGAGAUACCACAAUUUUAUCCUACGCAAUUAAAGUGGGUCAUCAUAGCCAUUGCUUUUUUUUUUUGUGUGUGUGGAAAAUGCUUGCUUGUCUAAGCUAAUUUUAUUUUUGUUCAUAAUGUUGCAAAACAAAGAUGUUAAUUUUUGCUUGGGGGGAGGCAUUUAAGAUUGUGACUUUGUUCAGUUUAGUCAGACAAGAUGUAAAGCACAACGCUUUUAUUGUGUAGGCCAGAAGUGUGUUGUCGUGUAAUAUGUGAUGGUGAGACUAAGCUGGAUGUUGAUGAAGUGCCUCUCAAGUCCAUGGCUGUUGUCCUUUCUUAAUGUUACGCUUUCACAAGGACAGCGGCCAUCUUCACUGUACAUCAACCUCGGUUGCACUUUAAUUUUAUUAGCUGCUGUUACUCACGGACGUCCAGUGGUCUUACAACGAUCUGACAAUGAGGUUCGGAGUUCCAGAGUCCACAAAUGCAGCUCGUGUGAGUGUGCUCUGUCAUGUCUUGUUGCACGUGUUGAGGAAGGAUGAGCGUGCG